AUGUCCAGCAGAGCCAACAAAGGCACCAUGCACGAGCUCAAGCUCCGAAGGCUAGUCGAGCACAACCAAAGACUGCGGGAGGAGCUCGCCAGGCCUAGGGUGAUGGUCAGUGUCGCUAGUAUGAACCUUAUCAACCACUGUCGCUCGAACAAGGACCCCCUCAUCCCCUCCGUCUGGGGCCCUCUUCCAAAGGGCGAAGACCCAUACGCCCCCGUGGACAAUGGCAGCUGCUGUUCGCGUACGUCCAUCAUCCCCACGGCUCGCCUCCCGGGCUUCUACACUUGA